AUGUACGGCUUAAUAAUUGAUCACAUUGCUACUUACAUUAAGGAAAAAUAUGGAGAAUCUACCUGGUCAGAGGUUAAGUUCGUGUCGGGGGUCACCGACGAUACAUUUCAAAUGGACAAAAAGUUUUCUGAAGGUUUAUCUCACAAGUUGAUUUGGGCAUGUCAUGAUGUGACGGGGGAUCCUGUGGAUGAACUGAUGACAAAUAUUGGAACAAGUUUUUACAAGUUUCUCACAAAGUUUGAGUUUAAUAAGGUACUACGCGUUUUGGGACGAACAUUUCCGCAGUUUUUGAACGGAUUGGACAAUUUGCACGAGUACCUCCGUUUUACGUUUCCCAAACUCAAACCUCCGUCAUUCUACUGCGAACACGAAAGCCGUACCGGUUUGACACUUCACUAUAGAAGCAAACGUCGUGGAUUUUUACACUAUGUGCAAGGACAGAUCCGAAACAUAUCACAAGAGCUAUUCCAAACGGAAGUUGUCAUAGAACUAUUGGAUAUUGAGCAUGAUUUGAACUUGGAGCACGUCAUCAUGAGACUUCAUUUCAACAAUCUUGACUUCAAUAGACAGGGAACUGCAUAUCGAAACCUAAAUGACUCAAUUCUUGAAAAAGUGAAGAUCACUUCGGACAUCUUCUUCGACAUUUUCCCAUUCAUCAUCGUCUUCAAUCGUGGAAUGCGAAUAAGAAACAUCGGAAUAGGAUUGUUGCGUGUUAUGGCGGGGAUCGUCGGGAAAAAAAUCAAUCAAACAUUUCUUCUUAUGAGACCUUUUAUCAGAUUCAGAUGGGAAGAGAUUAUGCUCCACUCAAACAACAUUUUCGAAUUGAUAUCUUCUGAUCCUAUACAAGAAGACGAAGAUGGAAUUCUAGUCUACAAAACUACGGAUGUAGAUCAAAUGACCGAAGAACGCCACAGAAUGGGUGAUGGCGAACGUGAAAAAUUUUUAUCACUCAAAGGUCAAAUGUUUUAUAUGGAGGAGUGGGAGAGUAUUUGUUUUGUCGGUAUUCCAGUAAUGAGUCAUUUACCACAAAUGUACAAAUCAGGGCUAUUUAUCAAUGACUUUGCCCUGCACGACUCCAGCCGCGAUCUGGUACUUGCCAGCACACAACAGUCUGCAGAACUCAAACUUCUCUUACAUCAGGAAGCACAAAAGAGCCGAAAUAUGCGAGAGAACAUGAAUAGACUGAAGAAAGAACGACGGCGAACUGACAAGUUGCUUUAUCAAAUGUUGCCAAAAAGUGUUGCCAAUCAAUUGAGACAUGGUGAAAGUGCGGUGGCAUGUUGCGAAAGAUUCGAUUCCGUCACGAUUUUGUUCACGGAUAUUGUGGAGUUUACCAAAAUGUGCAGCUCAUUGACACCUCUGGAAGUUAUCGAAUUUUUAAAAGUGAUAUACACAAAUUUCGACAAAAUUAUUGACACACACGGAGUUUAUAAGGUGGAAACUAUCGGCGAUGCAUACAUGGUUGUUAGUGGAGCUCCAACUAAAACAGAGCAUGACGCUGAGUUCAUAUUAGACUGUGCAUCGCAGUUUCUUGUAGAAGCUGGGAAAAUGGUCAAUAUGAAUAAUAAGAUUCAUAAAAUUGAUAUAAGAGCCGGUGUACAUUCAGGAUCGGUAGUAGCAGGAGUUGUCGGUUUGAGCAUGCCCAGAUACUGUUUGUUUGGAGAAACAGUUUAUGUCGCUAAUAAAAUGGAGCAAAAUUCAAGUCCAAUGAAAAUUUUGGUCAGUGAAACUACGCAUAAUAAAAUCGAAGAAUCAGAUCCGGGGUUGUAUCAGUUUGAGAGAAGAGAGGAAAUUGAGAUAAAAGACGAUCAGACUAUUCAGACAUUUUUUGUUGUAUCUCGACAUGGACCUCACCGUGUACCUUCUCCAAGAAACUGCGAGAGUCGACAAGACGAUUCACAAACCGAAGAUGAUGAUGAUGACGAACUUCUGUUACCCAGGAAAUCGGGCAGAAAAUCGCCAACAAGCGAAGCGGAAGAAGAGCUCAAAAAGAAAGGACAACUUUCAUUCACUCCGGUAUCCGACGCUGGCAUCGAAUGCCAUUCCAGAAAUUCCAACAAAACUCCUCGCCAAAGUCAGGAUUUGACUCCUCGAAAAUCUAUAACUUGAUACCUUAAUACCAGAUAUCUUAUUUGAUCUUUUUUCUGACUAUUUAAAAUUUUGAAAACUAGAAUGUUACUCCUACAUUGGAAAUGAUCGUGUGACCACACGCUACCGAUUGGCGACUCUCCUCCCUCUUUAAAUGGCAAAUAAUAAAAUGGCUUUCUAUGAGCCGUCAAUGCUUCUCGAAAUGUAGACAUCAUGUAUAUUGAAGAGGUAUUCUAGAGUUACCUGUCCCCUAAAGAAAUCCGAUCUCCUUUUCUGCAUUUACCUCCAGCAUUCACAUCAAAAUAGUCCACCCUAUUCACAGAGAUGUCUUCUAACCGUUGUACACCAUGUUAUCAUGACACUUGCUCUUUUCAUAUAAUGUUCAGCUUUUCCAAAGAGUUCAGGAUUAUAUUGUAUUACUCAUUAUAUAUGUUACUAUUAUUCAUGAUAUUACCUAUACAAUCUUUAAAAGCUCAGAAUAUUUGUAAGAAUUGUUACACAUUGUCAAAUUAUAAAUACUUCCUAAUC